AAUCGUCGUGUCCUCUCUCUCUGCGCGAGUGCGAUAGUACCCUGUGCGGUUCUUCUUCUUCUUCGGCACCGAGGAUGCGCGACAACGACGACACCAGCAGCAGCAGUAGCAACACAAGCGGACGGGGGUUUCGGUAUUUACUCAAACGUCGAGUCGCGGAUAUAUACGCACACACACACAGUCGCGCGUAUAGUCAUAUGCCUCAUAAUAAUACCUAAGUAGACGAGCUGCACUUGCUUAGUUGCUCGUCGACACUUGCCUUAUAACAGUGAGAAAAGAGAGAGAGAGAAAGAGAGACUGAGUGAGAGACUUACGCGUGACACUGCGAGCGCGUAUAUUCCUUGAUACAUCGAGAGAGAAAAAAGAGGAGAGACCCAACGAGCUGUGUUUCACCUUUUUCUAUAUAAUACAACCAAAAAAAGUGAUCUCGUCCCAUGAAGUGUUACCGCGUUUUUUUUUAUAAAUGAAUCAGAAAUAAUCUAAUUAAUAUAUUCAUCGAUUUUUGCGACACUUGGCGCGAGCGCACCUUAAUUUCUCGCCAGAGAAGAGCAGGACUUUUUUUCUGUGCGUGUGCUACUACGGACUCAUUGAGUUGAUAUAUAGUGUAGUUCAGAAGACGAACGAAUUCGGACUCCGGUGCCACAGCCUACCUCAACUCAGCCAUGGAGUCGUCGUCGCUGAUCGUCGACUAUCUCGUCUUCACCGUGUUCAUCGCCGUGAGCUUCGUCAUACCGCUGUGGGGCAAAUUUCGGGCGCGCAAAAAAACCGAGACCAAGGCCGACUACGUGUUCGCCACGGGCUCGAGCGUGUCCAUGGGCGCGAUGAUGCUGUCCAUCGCCCGUGGCACCCUCGGGGUCCGAUCGUUUCUCGGCUACCCGAGCGAGCUCUACUAUCGGGGCAGCGCCAUGUGGGAGACGCUGUACGGCAUGGUGCUGGCCUAUCCCAUCGUCUGCUUCACCUUCGUGCCGGUCUACUACAGUCUAGGCAUCACCUCGGUGUAUCAGUAUCUGGACAUGAGAUUCAAAUCGAAAUUGGUCCGAAGACUGGCUAGCUUCACGUACGUCAUCAGGAGCCUGCUCAACGUCUCGGUGACGGUGUUCACGCCCUGCGUGGCCCUCAAGACCGUCAUCGGUCUGCCCUACUGGGCCAGCAUCUGCGGGAUAACGGCCAUCUCCAUCGUUUUUACACUAAUGGGAGGCUUAAAAGCGGCUAUCCUCUCGGACGUACUUCAAGGACUGACGAUGAUCGGAGUGUCGCUCGUGAUAAUCAUUCACGGCACGAUAGACGUCGGCGGAAUCAGUACCGUCGUGAACAUCACCCAGGAACGCGGCCGUCUCGAAUUCUUCAACUUCAACAUGGAUCCGACGAUACGAGUCAACACGGUCUCGGCUAUCCUGGGCCAGCUCUUCAUGAGCCUCUCGAUCUUCGGCUGCCAGCAGAACUUCGUUCAGCGCUACUUCAGCAUGGGCAGUCGGACGAAAGUCGUCAAAACCAUGAUGGCCAACAUCCCCGUGAUCACCGUACUGUUCUCGCUCUCCUGGAUCGUCGGCAUGGUGAUAUUCGCCAACUACGCCGACUGCGACCCGCUGAGUCUCGGCUACACCUCCAAGUUCGACGAGAUCGUGCCGUUCUACGUCGAGGACAAGUUCGUCUAUCUGCCCGGUCUACUCGGUCUCGUCAUGGCCACCCUCUUCAACAGCUCGCUCACCAUCACCGUGUCCAUACUCAACUCCCUCGCCACCGUCACCUUCGAGGACUUCCUCAGUCAGAUCCCGGCGAUGCACAAUCUGCGCGACAAUCAGCAGCUCAAGAUCAUCAAGUCGCUGGCCAUAGUCUACGGUCUGCUCGUCAUCGGCGUCAGUUUUCUCGUGGGCAAACUGCCCGGCGUCAUCGAGUCGUCGAUGCUGAUGACCUCCGCGACGUCGGGUCCGCUUCUGGGCGCCUUUAUUUUAGCCAUGCUCGUGCCAUGCGCCAAUUGGAAGGGCGCCGCCGCUGGUAUGAUCUUCAGUCACGCCACGACCCUCUGGCUGACCUUCGGCCGGCUCAGUCUCGACAUACCGGUGCAGCAGUUGCCGCUGUCGACGGCGGGCUGCAGCAACGACACGUUCUCGUCGCACAUGACCAAGCCGCUGGACCUCGUGCCCAAGCAGUGGUCGAGCGCCACGCCCGAUCAUCUGUUCGUCGACGAGACACCCGAGUCCAUACUCGACAACAUCUACGGCAUCACCUACAUGUAUUACGCCUUCAUCGGCAGCUUAUCCACGGUCAUAGUCGGCAUAAUAGUGAGCCUGCUGACGGCCGACGCCAAGGAGGACGCCUACCAGGAGCAUCUCCUGCAUCCCUGCGUGCUGAAACUCUCGAGGAUGUUCCCGGGCAAGCAGCGACUCUACGCGCCGGCCACGUGCGGAGGCGAUGGGGCGGCGGGUGGCGGCGACAACAGCGCCGCCGGCAGCGACAACAACAACGUCAGCGCCUCGACCGGGAUCAGCGACGACUCGUUCAAGGUCAACGGCGAGAAGCUCGGCAGCAACGGCGUCGGCGAGCACAGGGUCCAGAUGGACAUCAAUUAUCUGGAGAAGCUCGACGCCCUGAAGAAGGCCACCCUCGAGGUGACGAACGAAGUGCAAAACAACGGUACGAAGCUCUGAGAGCUGAGCAGCGGCUUUUCACGUGUAUACCGAUGUUUCGAACUUUUGAGACUGAGACUUUUCUUUAUUUAUUCAUUCGUUUUUUUUUUAAUUUUAAAUCGUUGUUGUCCGAGAGAAUAUCGUGCGCGCGCGCGGCUGCAUUAAAUAUAAGUAGAUGUAAUUGUGUCGAAUGGAAGAGGUUCUUAGGACGAUGUUGUUGUCAGUAUUCGGUGAUCGGUGACCACACAAAGCGAACGAAGCGAGCGGAAAAAUUAAUCAACGACUCGAGUGCCUGAAUCGAGGGACUUUUUUUUUUAAAUAUGUGCAUUGUUAAUUAAUCGUUGUUUAGUGCGUAUCUUUUUAAUGUAUAGCAAUCGUAUAUUAGCUUAAAUCUUGGAAAAAAAAAACAAAUCGAAUACUGCGGUAGGAUCUGAUAUAUUCCUAUGUGUAUAUUUAAUUUAUUAAAAAAAAAUAAUACUUAUAAUCAUAAAUCGAGCAUAUUAUUCGAAAUAUGUAAUCGAAUACUCGCUGAUAAGUACGACAAAAAAAAAAGAAAAGAAAUGGAGGGUAUAUCGUGCGUAUCCUUUGAAUCGGUCUUUAGUCGAGGGCUGAUUUUUUUUUAAAUAAUCAGCCGUUUUUAAAGAAAAAUAUCUUGGGUAAAAGGCUGCAAGUUUAUAAA